CCCAUCACCCGUGUCACCCAAGUGCCAGGCCCCGAGAGGAGCGAGCAGGCAGCAAAAAACAAAGAGAGGCCGGUGCAUGCCCCCCACCCCCACCACACACACACACACACGACGCCAGUGGCCGAUCCACCACUCGCACCGCCGCCACCAGCUCGAUCAGGGGGUGGCAGGUUGGGGAGGAGGCGAAAGGCGUCGGGGAGCGGAGCCGACUUGGUGAGGAGUUUUUUCAGGCGCUGCGCGGCGCGGCGGAGGGGCGGAGACGAGACCACGCAAGUUUGUUGCGCUUGAAAAGAAGAGAGAAGAAAAGCAGCAGGGAGGCGGCCCGGAUCGGGUCGGGAGAGAGUCCCGGGCCAGAACGCCGAGGGCGGCGGCGAGCGAGCGGGCGGGCGACGCAACUGCUGCCCAGCAGCAGCAGGAGGAGGAGGAGGAGGAGCAGGAGGGGCAUUGCGCGGCGGCGGCGCACCGUCGGCGCUGUGCUGCCGGCAGAGGAGGGCGGCGGCGGCCAUGGGCGGGUACGAGCUCGUCAGGAGCGACGACGCGGCGGGCGCUGCCCCGGGCCCCGAUCUCGAGUCCGGCGCCGGCGCCGCCAACAGCAAGGCCGCGCCCCCGUCGCCCGCCGCGCGGCCGCCGCGGCUUGUCUCCCUCGACGUCUUCCGCGGGAUCACCGUCCUGCUUAUGAUCAUUGUUGAUGAUGCGGGAGGCUUCAUUCCAGCACUGAAUCACUCUCCUUGGGAUGGUGUAACAAUAGCUGAUUUCGUCAUGCCUUUCUUUCUUUUCAUAGUUGGAGUCUCACUAACACUAGCGUACAAGCGUGUGCCAGACAAAUUGGAGGCAACUAAGAAGGCGGUACUUAGAGCCCUCAAGUUAUUCUGCCUUGGUCUUUUUCUCCAAGGUGGAUUUUUUCAUGGUGUUCACAGUCUCACUUUCGGUGUUGAUCUGGCAAAAAUACGAUUGAUGGGCAUACUUCAGAGGAUUGCGAUAGCCUACCUUCUGGCUGCAAUAUGUGAGAUCUGGCUCAAGAGGGAUGAUGAUGUAGAUUCUGGACUUGAUUUGCUCAGAAGAUACCGCUACCAAUUAUUUGUAGGAUUGGUCCUCUCUUUCACGUAUACUGUUCUUUUAUACGGAAUAUAUGUUCCAGACUGGGAAUAUCAGAUUUCAGGUCCUGGUUCCAGAGAGAAGUUAUUCUCUGUGAAAUGUGGAGUCAGAGGAGAUACUGGACCACCUUGCAAUGCAGUUGGAAUGGUUGACCGUACAAUUUUAGGGAUCGAUCAUCUCUACAGACGGCCUGUUUAUGCGCGUACAAAGGAAUGCAGUAUAAAUUAUCCAGAGAAUGGACCGCUUCCACCUGAUGCUCCAUCAUGGUGCCAGGCGCCAUUUGAUCCUGAAGGCCUCCUCAGCUCUGUCAUGGCAAUUGUCACUUGCUUGAUUGGUCUGCAAUUUGGGCAUAUAAUUAUCCAUUUUGAGAAACACUGGGGAAGAAUCACCAAUUGGCUGAUCCCUUCCUUCAGCAUGUUAGCGGUAGCCUUCUUAAUGGAUUUUGUUGGAAUGCGAAUGAAUAAACCGCUAUACACAAUAAGCUAUACUUUGGCUACUGCUGGUGCUGCGGGGCUCCUUUUUGCUGGAAUUUACACUCUUGUGGACGUGUACGGGUUUAGAAAACCAACCAUUGCGAUGGAGUGGAUGGGGAAGCAUGCCCUGAUGAUAUAUGUGUUGGUGGCAUGCAACAUCCUGCCCAUGUUCAUCCGUGGAUUCUACUGGAGGGACCCCAACAACAGCCUUCUGAAGUUCAUCGGUGUUGGGGCGUGAAGUACACCUUACACGUUGGUCUCAAACGUGCUAGGGCCACAUACAUUGGUAUGUAGAUAUUAGGCCUAAAUGACAGUGAGAGAAUACAGAUGUAACACGAUGGUCAUCAGCUCAUCAGUCAUGAGCUGCCUAGUGCCUAUUCCAUCAGCACUGCCAGGCUGGCUGUUGCCCCCAUAUCCCUGAGCUCUUUGUAUAUGGCGGAGCAGUUCUUGUAUAUGAUAACUGAUAACCUACACUGGGAUUCAGAUGAAGUAUACUUUAGAUGCCGACGAGUUCUGAAGGAAAACUUGGACCUUUGUUGUUGGAAGCUGUAGUCUAAGAUUCAGUUUCGAUGUUGUUUGUUGUGCUUCAUCUUGGAAGCACGUGCA